UCAGACUUGGUCAGUUGCAAUUAUGCCGAAGAAAGGAAUUCUUGAACGUCUUAGAGAUGGUGUUGUUGUAGGAGACGGAGGAUUUGUUUUCGCUCUCGAAAAGAGAGGAUACGUUAAAGCUGGGCCUUGGACACCCGAGGCAACUGUUGAAAAUCCAGAUGGUGUUCGUCAAUUGCACAGAGAAUUUUUAAACGCCGGAGCUGAUGUUAUGCAAGCUUUUACUUUCUACGCUAGCGAUGACAAGUUGGAAAAUAGAGGAAAUAAGGCUCAGUCCCAAUAUACAGGUGAGAAAAUUAAUAAAGCCGCUUGUGAUAUUGCCAGACAAGUGGCUAAUGAAGGAGACGCCUUGAUAUUGGGAGGUAUUUCUCAAACUCCCACCUAUUUGAGCGGUGACGGCAAAGCAGCUGUUCAAGAAAUUUUCCGUAAACAAGUGAAGGUUUUCGUCGACAACAAAGUAGAUUUCCUAUUAUGCGAAUACUUUGAGCAUAUAGAAGAGAUGGAAUGGGCUAUUUCUGUUUGUAAAGAAUCUGGACUACCUGUUGCUUCAACUAUGUGUAUUGGACCAGAAGGAGAUUUGCACAAUAUUAGCACGGCCGAAUGCGGUGUAAGAAUGGCAAAGGCAGGAGCAGAUAUUGUUGGUAUUAAUUGCCAUUUCGAUCCCCCUACCGUUCUUGAAGGUAUUAGAGAGAUGAAGAAAGGCUUGGAUGCUGCAGGUCUUAAACCUUUCUUGAUGAGUCAACCACUAGCCUUUAUGACUCCCGACUGUAAUAAACAAGGUUUCAUAGACUUACCAGAAUUUCCCUUCGCUCUUGAAUCAAGAAUAUGCACCCGCUGGGAUAUUCAAAAAUAUGCUAGAGAAGCGUAUGAAAUAGGUGUAAGAUAUAUUGGCGGCUGUUGCGGUUUCGAACCCUAUCAUAUUAGAGCUAUCUCGGAAGAGUUGGAGAAAGAGCGAGGAAAAUCUUGCAAUGCUUCAGAAAAGCACGAUAAAUGGGGUGAAGGUUUACGUCUUCACACGAAACCGUGGGUAAGAGCUAGAGCAAGAAAAGAUUAUUGGGAAAACUUGAAACCAGGUUCUGGUAGGCCGUUAUGCCCCUCUAUGUCGGAACCAGACGCCUGGGGUGUCACUGCUGGAGAUGAUAUUUUGAAGCAAAAGAAAGAUGUAACAACUGAUACUGAAAUUAAUCAAUUGAUAACCAAUCGUAAUAGAAAGUGA